AUGUGGUCUCAGCAAAUCGGCCAUACCCGCUCGAGCGACACCACCAUCAUCAUGCGUGGUGUGCAUCGUCAGCAUUCCGUCGGCAUGUUUACCUCGCUCCUGCAGCAAACAUGCAGCAAAUCCUCGGAGCUCACGACGUUCAAUUUUGUCUACCUUCCAUGUGCCCGAGAGGACGACAAUGUUAACCUUGGGUUAGCGUUCGUAAAUUUUGAAAGCCCCGCGGCCUGCAAGGCAUUCCUCGCAGUGCUGAAGACUGAGAACGCUGGGCAGUUUUAUGUUCGAUAUGCUGGGCGAGCAUCUCUGCAGGGUCGCUCUUUGAACCUUCUGCACCUGCUGAAGACAAGAGGGCACGAAGGACUGAUCGGACCCGGUGCUCCGCGGGUGUACCGCAACAGCCAGAGAGUGUCGCUUUCCGAGAUCAUGCUCAAUGAGCUGCCUCGAGUCGAGUUGCAGCAUGUACCCUGG